GAAACGCUAAAUCUCAUGAAAUCCGAGGAGGAGCUAAAAAAUGUUUUAGUGGAGAAUUUGGGUUUACCCUUCGGUCAAGCAUUCAAAUUUAGCAGGAACUGGUUUGAGAAGUACCAUAAGCACAAAGAAACAACGUCAAUCAACAGCCAAAAGGAAAGCAAAAACGUUGGUGGAAGCACUGUGAAAAUUAAUACUAAAGACGGGUCUUGGGGUAGUAAACGUGCCUCAAGAAAUCAAACUGAGGAAAGUAAGAGUUUUAACACAACAGAUGAGAUUCAACACCUUGCAGAGGACCGAGAAAAGAGUGCUAAAUUAACCCUAGACAAAGAUGACAUCUCCGAAGUGCAGAACGGGAACAGGAAUUUAAGCAUAAAAACUUUGAUGAUAGAAGAAGGAGUUGUUAUUCAAGACCGUCCUUCCAAUGAUACUGAAGAGCCUGUAACCAGUCAGUGGCUGAAAUCCAAGCAGGAUGCAGGGGAGCAGAAAACGUGCGAAAACACAAAGACCGAUGCGCGUUUUGAAGUCUUUAAGGAAGUUUCCCUCUGUGGUCCGCUGCCGCACGGCUCCUUGCUGUUGCGUUUUUUUGAUCGUCGGCAUCUAGACUUCUGGGAUUUCAAUUCCACUGUCCCUGUUGGUGUUGUGAAAUUGAAGUUUAAAGUGAAUUGCUUCUUUUACCGUGCGUGUGUAGAAGUGGAGAUCACUGUCAAUAACCUUUACUUCGGUCUAGAGCGGGUGGUGCCCGGUGUUGUUGAUGUGCUCUGA